AUGGCGAUGGGCUAUGGUGAUGCCUCACCCGUAUCACCCCGGACUCCGGGGCAAUACGCAGCCGGCUUUGCGAUGGGUUUGAACGAGUCUGUCCAUGACAAUGUGUUUGGCUCGCCUCGUGAUAGCUACACAGAUAGGCGUUGCAUCAACGUUGACAUGGACUUGGGUAGAGGCUUUUACAGAGGUCGUAGCCCCUCGCCCAAUAGCCCUGGGACAAAGUUUGAGAGGUUGCGAUCUCUACAGGUGCUGGAAAAGCCUUUCCUGGACUUCUCCCUGGACGUUGUGCCAUGCCGAAGGCAUUCACCGGCACCCCAGAGACAUGACCCACGCAACGAGAUCCUGCAAGCCCUUGAUGCACAU